UACCUGAGCCACUUGUGUGGGUUGUAGACUCCGUCUCAUGCUACCACUAGAGUGAGAGCACCGCCAGCAUUCAAAAGUGACCAAAACAUAAGCCAGGAAGCAUAGGAACUGAGAAGUGGUCUGUGGUCACCACCUGCAGAAUCACUCCUUUAUUGGGGGUGUCUUGCUAAUUGCCUAUAAUUUCCACCUUUUGUCUAUUCCAUUUGCACAACAGCAUGUGAAAUGUAUUGUCAAUCAGUGUUGCUUCCAAAGUGGACAGUUUGAUUUCAAAGAAGUGUGAUUGACUUGGAGUUACAUUGUGUUGUUUAAGUGUUCCCUUUAUUUUUUGAGCAGUGUAUAAUCUAAUGAAGUUAGAUCUAUAAACGUGUUUUGUUCCAGUAGGGGAGCCUAAAGAUAACUAAUCCACUUGGUUAGAGAGAAAUUGUAAUCUUUUUUUUUCUUUUUUCUUUCCCUUGUAGUUUGUAUGUUUGGGGCAAUUUUUUUCUUCCUCAAAUACCCUACUUGGCAGGAAGAGGGUAUUCUUUUGAAAUAUGCGCAUGUCCAGCAGCCAACUGAGCCAAGCUAACUUAGACGUUUUAAAGUGAUGUGUAUUUAAUCUUCAAGGGUGCAUUUACAUAGAGGGGGACGUUUUCCCCAAUAGUGUGACCAAACGGCCCCUUUUUAAAGUUUCUGUUUUAAUUUAAUAACAAUGUUUUUUAAAUUCUGCCACUUGUGUGUUUGUCUAAGGAUAUCCAUUAUGUACAUAUCUAAAUCUUACCAAACGUAGCUUUUUUCUGUCAGAAAAUAGACAUUUCCAUUGCGCAAAACCGUGACACGCUGGGGGGUAGAUCUUGACAGCUGUCUUUAUUUCCCACCCUAUUUGUAAACGGAGAUCGGUUUUAACGGACGUGUCAGAUGAAUGCUUGAAUCUACUAAACCGGUUAAUUCACAGAAAGAAGACGGUGGACAGAUUUUCAACUGCUAUGAGGAUACUCGAUUUCUUCAUGCGUAAGUCCCACUCUGGGUCAGACAUGUCUGUGAUAGUGGGAGAGGGGCGGUUCAUAGCCUGGAGGGUCACCAGAAGCAUCACCUACUACUGCACCAGCGAUACCCCUGCCCCCUCUCCUCCCACCUCCUCCUUAUCCUCCCAUCUAGACUCUCCUCUUCCCUCCCCCUCCUACUCCCUCUCCACCCCCUUUAUCUCAGACAUGCCCUCUCACCCCACCGCUUCCUCAACUUUCACCCCUUCAUUUUCGCAUGUACCAACCCUUUCUCCAUCCUCACCCUCCUCCUCCCCCCGUCCCCUCCUCCUGCUCCUCCCGUGGCUUGGCGCCCGACCGGGGGCCAUGGCGAAGUACCGGGACCUCUACCUGGAACGCGGCCUGGACAUCCUAUCUGUGGAGAGCACUGUGUGGCACUUCCUGUGGCCUCGCUGGGGGCUGGAGUAUGGGUCUGAGGUCCUGGAGGUCCUGGGAGACCCGCGUUUCAAAGGGCGCCCCCUUCUGGUCCACGCCUUCUCCAUCGGUGGGUACACCUUCACCCAGCUACUCAGCCAGAUGACCAGGGAGCCACACAAGUACCCAGGCCUGGCCCAACGGGUCGUAGGACAUGUCUAUGACAGCAUGGUGGCCGGGUCGCUGGAGCAUAUGGCUACAGGCCUGGGCAAGACCCUGUUCCCUCGUAUCGAGCCCCUGGUGCGAUACACCGCUCUGCUCUACUUCUGGCUCUUCAAAUCCCAGACGGUGCACUACUAUGACAACUCAGUCCAGGUCUUCUACAACAGCCCCGUCACCGCCCCGGCGCUCUUCUUUUUCUGCGAGAACGACGCGAUGUGCGACCCCGUCGCCAUGGAGGCGGUCCUCGACUUCUGGAGGAAGCGGGGCGUUGCUGUGGAAACCAGGAAGUGGAAGGAGUCUGUGCACGCUGCUCAUCUACGCUGUCACCCAGAGGAGUACCUCUCCACGUUGGAAAAAUUUAUGAUCUCGCUCAACAUCGCCCCCCUCAGGGAGAAGAUGUGAAUGGCUCAUGUGCUAAUCACAGUUUGAUAAUUCAAUAAAGCCUGCAUACUCAUGUUCAAA